AUGGUGAAUACGCACCACGGAUUAGGAUACGAUAAUGGAGAGCCCUCAAACGCUAACCCCGACCUUACCCAAAUCAUGCAAGCAUUCAUAACUGCUUUGAACGCUAACCGCCAAAACCAAAACCAUAACGACGGACCUAUGAAUCGAGCUCAAACGAUGAACGAGUUCUGUAAACACCGACCCCCGACUUUUCACAGAGACACCAACCUCGUCGUGGCUGAGACAUGGCUAAACGAAGUCAAAAUGAUCCUCAGAACCUUAGGGAUUACCCAGGAUGGAGAUCGCGUGGCCUUGGCCACCUACCAAUUAAAGGGAGAAGCCCGCUAUUGGUGGGACCUGAUAGAGGCAACCCAUACCAUAGCCACAAUGACUUUUGCCAAGGAACAAGAGUUCCUGAAUCUGAAACAAAGGAUAAUGACGGUUACCCAGUACGCGGCCAAAUUUGAGGAAUUGUCCCUUUAUGCCUUAACCUCCAUACCAACCGAGGAUAAGAAAGCAAGAAGGUUCGAUUGGGGGCUAACAACCGCUCGAAGGGCUGUGGUGGCUCAAGCUUUUACCACCUAUGCUGAAGUCGUGAAGUGUGCACUCCGGCUAGAGAGACAUGGUGAACCGCAGAGGGGAGGUCAAGACAUAGCCACAAUUCAGUGCUACAACUGUCAGGCUAUGGGCCACAUUAGGCGCAACUGCCCGCAGCCUCAAAGGAGGAGGGAUGAGAGCUUUGGAAACCAGAGAACUCAGCCACCAGAAUAG